GGCAACGAAUGACCUUAGGCCACAUGUUGGUGAUGUUGAUGUUGCUGCAGUGCCAUGUGGCUUGGGGCGCGCUAUUGGCAACAAGCAUUACAUGAACUUGAUCCGGUGUUCAAAAAGUUUUCUUUCUCAGAGAGUGUUGCAAGCUUGUUCUCUUCUUUAGGCUACAAGAGGCCUGCAGUCAUUCAAUCUAUGUACAUAUUUAAGCAACCAGGUAUUGGUGGUGAGGUCGUGCCGCACCAGGAUAAUACAUUCCUUUAUACGGAACCUCGUACAUGCACAGGGUUGUGGCUUGCACUUGAAGAUGCAACAAUCAACAAUGGUUGCCUGUGGGCAAUUCCAGGAUCACAUAAAAAGGGUUUGGUGAGACGUAUGGUCAGAGAUGAAAAUGGUACACAUUUUGAUCGGCCCUCCCCAGUCUAUGAUCAGAAAGAAUUUGUACCGCUGGAAGUAAAAUCUGGUGCUUUGGUGGUUAUACAUGGAGAUCUUAUACAUCAGAGUUUUGAGAACCUUUCUCCAGCGUCAAGACAUGCAUUCAGCUUACAUGUAGUGGAUACUGAAGGAUGUAAAUGGUCCGAAGACAACUGUUGACAAUGUUGCUCUUUGGUAAGUUGACAAUAGUGGUAACAGUAUAACGUGGGGGAAUUAGGGUAAUGUUUCAACAAUAUAGGUGCACCCAUUUUUUAUUAUGAAACGAGGCCACUACUAUGCACAUAUAUAAGGGGCUCAAAAUUGUAAAAUAGUGAUUAUGACUAAAAUUCCCUAUAUAUUCACCCCUUGUAACACAAGUUUAUGCCCCCACAAGGUAAGCAUAUCUCU